UCCUUGUGCGGUAUGCUUUUCAGAAGAGUUUUUAAUCGAUUACCGAUCGAACGAUUUUUCAAAAAGCAACCAAAACGUUGCUUUUGCCAAAGGGACAUUGAUCGGUGGUCGGAUUUCAUUGUGAAACGCAGAAUGGAAGCUAGUGCAAUCGCUCGAUCGGAUCCUGUGGUGAUGAAGAUAGACACACCGGAGUUUCGGUCCAUCUUCACGAAAGAACUCGAGGAUUUGAUUGACUUGUUCAAGAGGUACAACUAUGAAGUUCGCGUUGCUGGAGGAGCUGUAAGGGAUAUCCUGAUGGGAAAAUGUCCCAAGGAUAUAGACAUUGCUACGACGGCAACGCCAACCGAAAUGAAAGAAAUUUUCACGAAGGAAAACAUUCGUAUGGUGAACAUGAAUGGGGAAAAACAUGGGACAAUCACACCGAGGAUCAAUGAUAAGGAAAAUUUUGAAAUCACCACCUUGAGAAUCGAUGCGGUGACGGACGGGCGGCAUGCAGAGGUCAUCCAUACGACGGAUUGGCUGCUAGAUGCUAACCGGCGCGAUUUGACGAUCAAUUCAAUGUUCUUGGGUUUUGAUGGUAAGGUGUACGAUUACUUUUACGGAUACGAAGAUCUCCAGAAACGUCGUGUUGCAUUUGUCGGUGAUCCUGAUUUACGGAUCAAAGAGGAUUACCUUCGAAUCAUGAGAUAUUUCCGAUUCUACGGAAGGAUAGCAGAACACGAGAACAACCACGAUGAGGAAACGCUCAGAAUAAUUACUAAAAAUGGUUCUGGACUAGCAAAAAUAAGCGGCGAGAGAAUCUGGCAGGAGUGGAAAAAGAUACUCAGUGGAAAUUUUGGUUGCGACUUAACGAUCAAAAUGCUCGAUAGUGGGCUGGCUCCUCACAUGGGUCUUCCAGAAAAGCCAAACACCGAUGAGUUUUUGAAGACAUUCAAAAACGUUGAAUCUGUUCAGGCUGGUGAGAUACAACCGAUCACAGUUCUAUCCGCCUUGCUUCAAACACCAGAAGAAGCAAUCACGCUGAACCUACGAUUGAAGUUUACAGUGUUUGAAAGAGAGCUGUCCUACUUUCUAACGCAAAACCGAGACGAAUUCAAUAGUGUCAAUGAGCUUUUAGAUUUUCAACAGCUGACCCUGCAUACGAUCGGAAGUGCAAAACUGAAGAAGGAAUACGUCCUGGAGCUGCUUCGCUACCACGGUAAACGUGAUCUGUACAAUCAACUCAAGGAAUGGCAAAUACCGGCGUUCCCCAUCAAGGGUAACUCGCUAGUCGAAAAAGGUGCACCGAAGGGUCAACAGCUAGGUCGGGUGUUGGGUGAGCUGAAAAUGAUUUGGGCCGCCAAUCAGUUCAAUAUGAGUGAAUCGGAACUGCUGGAUCAUUUGCCGGAUGUGCUGGCGAAGCUGAAGAUUAAGAAGAAGGAUUAAGGAGACGGGA